AUGGCUGCCAUCUGCCUCGUCUUCUUCCUCGCUGCAGCUCUAGCAGCCACCAGCGGAGGUGAAGCGGCGAUCGUCGAGCACACGUUCGUGGUGAGCCAGAUCAAGAUAAAUCACCUGUGCAACGACACGCUUGUCACUGUGGUGAAUGGGCAACUCCCCGGCCCAACGAUCGAGGUCACGGAGGGAGACUCGCUGGUUGUUCAUGUCAUCAACAAGUCGCCCACUGGACUAACAAUUCAUUGGCAUGGUGUGAAGCAACAACUGAAUUGUUGGGCCGAUGGGCCAGGGAUGAUAACCCAAUGCCCAAUCCAGCCAAGCAAGAAUUUCACGUAUCGAUUCAACGUCAUCGGCCAGGACGGCACAUUGUGGUGGCAUGCUCAUGUCGGCUUCCUCCGUGCAACUAUUCAUGGUGCCUUGGUCAUCCGUCCAAGGUCCGGGCCCAAUUCAUACCCAUUUCCCAAACCAGACGAGGAGAUCCCCAUUGUUAUAGGUGAAUGGUGGGACGUGGAUCUUGUUCAUCUUGAAACUAGAGUUGAGAAUAGAAUCUAUGAAGACUGGCCUCGUUCACCUACAAUCAAUGGAAUGCUUGGAGACCUCAGUAACUGUUACGGGGUCACAGAAAACAACUACAUUCUUAACGUUGAGAUUGGAAAGACAUACCUCUUACGGAUAGUAAACGCGGCGGUCCACGAAGAGUACAACUUGAAGAUCGCGGGGCAUAAGUUCACGGUGGUCGCCGUGGACGCAAACUAUGUGAAACCAUACACCACCGAUACCAUUGUGACAGCGUCGGGCGAGACAGUGGACGCCUUGCUCGUUGCCGAUGCACCUCCUGGACGCUACUACAUGGUCGCCCAAGCCGUGCAGUCACCAGAGCCUAGCCCCCAGAUCCCAGUGUUGAUAUCUAGAGGGGUUGUCUCCUACAACUAUAAUACGAGCGAAGGGUCAGAUGAUGAUGGUACUCCGAUAUUGGCCCCUGAAUUGCCCGAUCAGCACGACGCAACAACAUCCUUCUACUUCCGCGGCAACUUGACCAGCCUGCUGCCUCAACCGGUUCCGGUGAACGUGGAUGAGCACCUGUUGAUCGCCAUUGAUGUGGGGGACAUCUGCUUAUAUGCAGGAUCACCAAACUGCAUGGUGUCCAAGUUGAACAACAUCUCCUUCGAGCUUCCGACGACGACGUCAUUGCUCCAAGCACACUACAACAACAACAUGAGCAGAAGCGUAAGCAUGCUCCAAGAGUUACCAAGCAGCCCACCGAUGGUAGAGUUUGGCCAUAGCCCGACAUCGAAGGCGACAAUCGUGAGGAGGGUGCGGCACAACACUGUGGUGGAGAUAGUGUUCCAGAACCCAUACUCGUCGGACCUGAUCAGCAACACCAACCCCAUGCACCUUCACGGCCAUGACUUCUUUAUUCUCGGACAAGGGCUUGGGAGAUAUGACAUGAUGAAAGAUGUGCAAGCGUACAACCUAGUGGAUCCACCGGCGAGGAACACUGCCCUCGUCCCAAUUUAUGGGUGGAUGGCCAUCCGAUUUGUCGCAAACAACCCUGGGGUAUGGUUUUUGCACUGUCAUAUGGAAAAGCACGUAUCAUCAGGCAUGGCAUUGGCACUUGUAGUGGAGAAUGGACACACAUUGAAGGCGACACUUCCGCCGCCUCCGGAAGAUUAUCCAAGUUGCGAUGAUCAAAAUAGCAGAGUCUCAGAUGAAUAA